AUGUUCUACCUGCUGGGCAACCUCACCCUCUCUGACCUGCUGGCCGGCGUCGCUGUCCUCUCCGGCGCCAACACCUUCCGGCUCACGCCGGCGCUCUGGUUCCUCCGCGAAGGCGGCGUCUUCCUCACUUUGGCCGCCUCGGUCUUGAGUUUGUUGGCCAUCGCCGUUGAGCGCCACUUGACCAUGGCCAAGGCCAGGUUGGCGGCGUUGCCAGGCUUGGGGGGGAAUUGUUUGGGGGAUCUGCCGGCGUGUUCCACCGUCCUCCCUCUUUAUUCCAAACGUUACGUCUUUUUUUGCGUCGCCGUCUUCCUCGCCAUCCUCCUCACCAUCGUCAUCCUCUACGCCCGGCUUUACCGCACCGUGCGGCGCUCGGCGAAUCUACGCGUCAUCGGCAUCGAAAUUGCUGGCGUCAUCAUCGGCAUCGAAAUCGGCAUCAGCAUUGUCAUCGAAAUUGGUGCCGUCAUCAUCGUCAUCGAAAUCGGCAUUGAAAUCGGCAUCAUCAUCGGUGGCGUCAUCAGCAUCGAAAUUGGCAUUGGCAUCGUCAUCAGCGACGUCAUCGGCAUUGGCAUCGUCAUCAUUGGUGUCAUCGGCAUUGAAAUCGGCAUCGUCAUCGCCAUCGUCGGCGUCAUCGGCAUCGUCAUCGGCGGCGUCAUCAUCAAAAUUGGCAUCGGCAUCAAAAUCAGAGGCGUCAUUGAAAUUGGUGGUGUCAUCAUCAUCAUCGUCACCAAAAUCGGCAUCGAAAUUGGUGGCGACAUCAUCGGCAUCGAAAUCGGCAUCGGCAUCGAAAUCGGCAUCGGCAUCGGUGACGUCAUCGGCAUUGAAAUUGGCGGUGUCAUCAUCAUCAUCGUCACCGAAAUUGGCAUCGAAAUUGGUGGCGGCGUCACCGGCAUUGAUUGGUGGCGUGUCAUCGUCAUCGGCGGCGUCAUCGGCAUCGAAAUUGGCAUCGGCAUCGGUGGCGUCAUUGGCAUCAUCGUCACCGAAAUUGGCAUCGAAAUUGGUGGCGGCAUCACCGGCAUUGAAAGCGGCGGCGUCAUCGAGACUGGUGGCGUCCUCGUCGUCGCCAUCGCCGGCGCUGCUGAGGACG